AUGAGAUUAGCCAACUGCGCAGGAGAUAUUAUAGUGCUCAAGUGUACGCGCAGACACAAGGCACUCUCUAUUCCUAUCACUCUCAUACUCCGGUGGGACGACCACUCGACACGACCGUGCCUCAGUGGUCUAGUAGCUAACAUGUACGGUUGCAGAUUCGGUGGUCCUGGGCUUAAGUCCCGGAUCAGGCCAGUUUCUAUUAUUGAUAUUGAUUUUUCUGUUAAGAUAUUCUCAGUAGUAGCGUGGAGUUGGAAAGUUGGCGGUAUUGCACCUCCGUUCCUCGGAGAGUACGUAAAACAGUCGGCCUUGCGCAUUAACUCUCACCGGUCGUGUCGAGCACUCGUCCCACCAGAGUAUGAGAGUGACAGGAAUAGAGAGUGCACUUGUGUCUGCGCGUACACUUGUGCACUA